CGAUCCCCCGUGUAAGAGUGAGGUGGAGGAGGACAUUCCAGUCCAUGUGAACACAGGAAAUCCCAAUAAGAAUUCUGAAGGAAACGUCAUGUUAUCACUAGAUCAUAAAGAAGAAGAUCAGGACAACAUGCAGCGUUCUUCAGGAAAAAACCUCAUUACACUGAUCGGAUAUCCAGGACCUCACAGUGCAGAUCUCUCAUACAAUCCUCCUAAUCAUGAAGAACCUUCUCUUGAGCAAUCACAGAUUUUAACCACAAGUCCAGAUCUGUCACAUAAUCCUCCUAAUCAUGAGGAACCUUCCUCUGACCAAUCUCAGAUUAUAACCACAAGUAGCGGGCAGAAAGGAAGUAAAAGGUUUCAUUGUGAAGAAUGUGGAAAACGGUUUACAAGAAGCUCCGUUCUUUCUGUGCACAGAAGAAUUCACACAGGAGAGAAGCCAUAUUCAUGUUCAGAAUGUGAGAAAUGUUUCACAGACAAAUCAGGUCUCAUUAAACAUCAGAUAAUCCACACAGGAGAGGAGCCAUAUUCAUGUUCAGAAUGUGAGAAAUAUUUUGCAAGGAAAUCACAUCUUGUUAAACAUGAAAGAAUUCACACUGGAGAGGAGCCAUAUUCAUGUUCAGAGUGUGGGAAAUGUUUCACCGAAAAAUCAAAUCUCCUUAUACAUCAGAGAAUUCACACAGGGCUAAAGCCAUACUCAUGCUCCGAAUGUGGGAAAUGUUUUACAGGAAAAUCAAGUCUCCUUAUACAUCAGAGAAUUCACACAGGGCUAAAGCCAUACUCAUGCUCCGAUUGUGAUAAAUGUUUUACCCAGAAAUCAUAUCUUAUUAUACAUAAGAGACUUCACACAAGAGAGAAGCCAUAUUCAUGUUCAGAAUGUGGGAAAUGUUUCACAGAAAAAUCAAGUCUCCUUCUACAUCAGAGAAUUCACACAGGGCUAAAGCCAUACUCAUGCUCCGAAUUUACACAAUGUCACACGCCUCCGACAUCGAGGGAACAUCUUCGUUACAUGGAAGUGUUGAUCUCCAAUCUGAACAGGGCGCUGUUCCUUCAAUAA